UUGUGGUGUACUGCAGAGAUGGAUGCAACAGCAAGGCCCCUCAGAAUUCCUCCUCAGAUGGCCAUUUAUGCAGAAAAACAUGAAAUAUUUGACUUGGUCCAGACACUAUUGAGAAAUUUGAUGGUGGACAAACCAGAGGACCCCAUUCAAUACCUGAUUAACAUCCUGAAAAGGGACAGUGUCGAUGUGCCAAGAAUUAUAUUGCUGGGUCCUCCGGCAUCUGGGAAAAGAACCAUAGCUAAAAAGUUGUGUGAGCACACUCAGGCUAUUCACAUAACUCUAAGCAAUAUUUUAAAGGGUGAUACUGACCUGACAAGAGCUGUACAUCAAUACCAAGAGAAAAAUCAGGAGAUCCCCAAAGAGCUUUGGAUCAAGUUGAUUCAACAACGUCUGUCAAAAAUCGAUUGCGUUAGACGGGGCUGGGUUUUGGAAGCAAUUCCCAAGACACAAGCAGAGGCACUAUGUCUACAAGAAGCAGGCAUUACCCCAGAUCAUGUUGUGAUGCUGGAAGCUCCUGAUGUCGUUUUGAUUGAAAGAAGCUUGGGCAAGAAGAUAGACCCUGUCACAGCAGAUGUGUAUCAUGUGACCUUUAUGUGGCCUGAAAGUGCAGAGGUUGCUAAGCGUUUAGAAAGUCCAAAGACACUAAUGUCAGUGGAACUGAUAGCUAAAAAGCUGCAGGAGUACCACACAGAAGCCCAUUCUCUGAAGCGCAUCUACCACGGCUGCCUGAAGACCAUCAAUGCUGACCAGCCCCACAUAGAUGUUUUCUCACAAGCUCUAAACUACGUUCUUUCUCGACAUCGCUCUGCCUCGCCCUACACUCCCAGAAUUCUUCUGUUUGGAAACCCAGGUUCAGGGAAGAGUCUUCAGGCCAAACUAAUUGCUCAGAAAUAUGGUGUUGUCAAUAUUUGUUGUGGUGAGCUUCUGAAGGCUGUGUCAGCUGAUGAGAGCCAUAUGGGGGAGCUCAUUAAACCCUACCUGGAGUCAGAACAGCAAGUGCCUUGCAGUAUAUUGCUGCAGAUCCUGACGGAGAGACUGAGCAGGAUGGACUGCACCACUCUGGGCUGGGUGCUCCAUGGCUUUCCUCAAGAUGUGGAGCAGGCGGAGAAACUCCAUGAGUCCUGCUUUAUACCAAACAGGGUCUUUUUUCUGGAGAUGACUGAUGACAUUGCAGUUGAGAGGGUAACACUGAAGGGUGUGGAUCCUGUGACUGGAGAAUGGUACCAUAGUCUGUAUAAGCCUGCACCCAGUUCAGAAGUGCAGGCCCGGCUUCGGUUUAACCCACAUGAUUCAGAGGCUCAGCUGCUAAAGAGGCUUAAGGAGUACUGGUUCCAUGCAGUGGGCCUACGGGCCUUUUACCCACAGGCAGUGAACAUCAAUGCUGACCAGGACCCACACACAGUGUUUGAGUCACUUGAGAGUCGAAUAGUGGGUCGACUGCCCAAAGUACUGUCUAACAAAGAAACAAAUGUGGGCUGAUGAGCCAUCCCUGAUUAAACAUUGUUAAACAUACACAUACUGUAGAUCAGUCUUUAUACAAUGCAAUAUCUAGAUCUUCCCAUUGUAAUUUUCUUGU